AUGGACGUUCAGUUCAGACCCGGGAUUGCUGGGGGUGCCCAGAAGUCCAUUCCCACUCAACAAAUGCGACUGUUCAUCCAGCAACAACGUCCCGCGGGAAGACCCGUAGCUGUGCCGAACGUUCUCCACGAGCCGCGCAUGGCGGCGCAGCAGUGCCACGCGCAAACUCAAAAUGUUCUCUCCUUCCCUGGCUGCACAAAUGUGGCCGGAAGUUUCCAGGCAGUCUAUCCUCAACACCCUGGAUUCUUGGGUGACCACCCGUCGCUUCCUUUGCGUCAACCACACGCGACGAACUUUGGCGCAGCCUACGUGCCUCAAGCCGGCACCCCCGACGGCCAACAAGCAAACCCGUAUUAUUAUCCCCGACAGCACGGGCAUCUCCUUGCCACUGCUAACUCAGGUGGUUCAAGUGACAGCAGCGCGAUAGGUCCCCCCGUUUCCACUUCCGCCGCCUUAGCGUUCGGUUCACCGCCCUCAGUGGUGGGAGUAGACGGUACUCGCGAUGUUGAAGGACAGAAGAGGGCGAAUCUUGAAAAUUCUUGGCACUAUGCUCUGCACAACAAGCGCCACAUCCAGCAGGCUACCCCCACUUCCGGCAGCAACAACGUGCCCAUGAAGGGGGAUUCCAGAACAUGGAUGUUGCCGAAAUUUGCUCAGGCGAACGGGGCCCAAGGUGCCGCGUCUCCGUCUGUCGCGUACAUGCAGCACGGUAGGGUUUUCGUAUCUCACCCACAGACAGCGCAGCAGCAACAGUUCCAGCUUCAGCGCCAGCAUCAGACCCAGCACCGACAGACAGCUGUCCCCCGAUGCGAGGAUCCGAUAAUGGGAGGCUUCCUACCGAUAGGGACAGCUCGGCCGUGGCGCCCAGCGGGCGUCCCGAGCCAGCGGAUGGAGUACACCAGUCGGAUUCGAGAGGACAGUUCGGUGAACGGGUCGUCUGCCGCGCGGUGCGAGCCCUCGUUUGCAGCUGACCCGCCACGAGCACAUGAACGCAUUGUCAGCGUGACCGAUCAAGCUGAGUGUGGCGACCGGCUACCGCAGACAGAAGCCGCGGCUUAUCGAAGACUUCGGUCUUCAUCUGCUCUCCCCCGUCGUCCAUAUGCAGCCGCGUCUGAUGCGCCGCCGUCUGGAUGGGGCUCCAGCCGCCGGUCGAUGUCCUCCGCUGGGGCGAGACCGUGCGUUACCGUCGACGGUAAGUCGGGCUGGACGGGCAUUCAGGGCGAUGCAGGGACUCCGACCGAGCAGUCACUCAGUGGGCAUGGCCCCAUCGGAGAGCCGGGCGCCGAGGCGUUGCCGAGCGUGACUCCUCCGCGAACGAACGUGGGCACUGCAACCGGGUUGCGAGCGUCUGGAAACUCUGUCGCCGGAGAAUCUGUGCUGCUUGCACCCGAAGUUGCCGGGACCCCGGCCGGAAACCGCAAGCCCUUGAUGAACGCGCAGAGGAUCGCCGGAAGCCGCCGACCGCCCCCGCGCACUUGCGCCAGUGCGGGAACGAUAAACCCGCGCAACGUCUCAAACAUUGGAGAGAAGUACAAGGAUCGAGCCCGCAACAGCAGCGUUGAGCGGAAAUGUUCUCGGACCGAAACGCGCAAGUCGCUCUGGGAGGCGAACGGGAAGACGAGGCCGAGCCCGCCAGCGGCGCUCUUGCCUCGUUCCGGCUCCGCCGCCCCAGUGACGUGCAGCCAAACUCGGAGGGCGAAAGCCCCGAACUCGACUCUUCACGGCGCUCCGGGAGGCAGCCGCCUCCGAGGAAUUCGUGGUGCGCACGACCAGUCCAGCGCGAAGGAGUCGGAGGCGUCUAGCGCCGAGAACGAAAUGUCGGAAGAGGACAAACCCGCGACAGCGGCUUUGAGUCCAGCCCAGAAUCGCCUGUCCAUGCGUUCGCGAGCACCCCUCGUCCCUGGCCGCGGCGUUCCUCGGGGGAUGCCGAGAGGCCAGGGCGAUCCGCGUCACUCCAGUGACAGCCGACUGCAGACGUAUCCGACGGAGAGAGUUCCCACCCGGCGGGGCCCUCAGGCGCUGAACAAACCGGAGGCUGGAAAGCACCUUCGCAGCUGCGACAGACGCAGUGAGCUCUCAGCUAGCCACGGAAGGCUCCCACUCGGAGACAAAUCCGACGUGGAAGAAUCCGACCUUGGAGACUCGUACGCGCGUCGGCGCGGCUAUUCGCUGGCUCGCCGGGGAACGUGCUCCUCGCCGGAUUCUCGACUCGUCUCAGCCGACUGGAGCUGCCGCUCUGCUUCCCGUGCCGCAACGGGCGCCCGAGCCCGACCGGACGCCGCGGCCGAGCGAUCUACGAGGCGUCCCGGCUUUGCCUCUGCUCUUGUCAACAACAGCGGAACAGACAGCCUGAGGACUCGCCCCGGCGUAGGCAAGGGUGGCAUUUUGGGGACCGCGACCUCUCGGAGACAGCCCACUGGCCCUGCGGGGAGCUCAGGGCGGUUCAGAGCGCGGGACGUUUCGACGGUCUUGGGAGGGCGCCGAUUUGGGUCAGGAGACAGCAGCAGCGCAGCGGCUUCGAGGUCGACGUCGUCUUUGGAAUCCAUCGUCCUCCCGGACUUGGCGCUGUCUCGGGAUGACGAGACGCGGUCGGAAACUUAUGAGAAGCGCUCGAGCGCCCUCUUGCAGGGUUCUGGAACGGAAGAAGGCAGAUUCUACAACAGUGUGUGCUCUUCGAGAUGCGAGUCUGGGUGUGACGAACCCAGCUUCGACGAGGAAGAAGCCGAUCUCUCGGGACGCGGCGAGGUGGCGAGGGGACCCUUUCCGGGAACAGAGAUGGUGCGAGAAGAACUCCGGAAGAGCACACCUACAAGUGAUGCUCCUACACAGCUCCUGAAUGCCGAGAACAAAAAGACUCGGGGUCUGACAGGAGACGAGGCACAAGAGAGGGGUCUGGUGACACGAAUUGGGCCGUGUGGAACAGUGCUGCCUCCAUUUAGCAGUCAAGAACCCAACAAGGUGUCCGUUGCGGCGAAUGAUGGGGAAGCCAGCGACCAGGGAGCGCCGCCUUUGGACAAUCUGGCCAUGUCGGAGAGAUCCACGUCUGCAUCCCGAGGGCCGUGCAGCGCGUCCCCACGAAGCAUAAGCGAUGCCAGCGGCCCUCAAAGCUGGGAAGCGAGCAGCAGUCACCGAAGCAGUGGAACAACCACGCCGGUUGUGGAGGGAGAAACGCUCGAUGGCCGGCCGGUGGCUGGCGUGCCUAGGCGAGCAGUGGGGACAGUUUGUGAGGGUCUCGCCAGGCAAGGAUUGCUGGGCGACGCCCACUUGGUCACUGAUUGCGGCCCGAGCUUCGACCGAGAGGCGCCAGGAUUCACGGGCGAACGCCGGGAGGGGAACCUCGACGCUCUCACCCAAGCCGCGCAUGCAUUGAUGAGCAGCGCAGGCCAAGUGCCCGCGGUCCAGAACUGCGACAGAAAGUUCUCGGGCGGCCCCUCGAGCUGCGCGGAGGCUGUGGCGCACCAGCAACCAGGCGUCGAGGAGCGAGUGUAUCAGGGCCAGGCUCAGGCCGACGCACCGCACGCGCCCGGCCACCAAGUGAACGCGGUCCGUGAACCGACCGCGAUGUCGGGUAGCCCCAGAGGCGCGGAAAGAAGUGACCAGACCGGUGCACACCGCAGGACGCCGCCUGAGCAGGGACAGGUCGCGCCGUCUGCGGGCCGCGGGCCUUCUGUGGCGUCUGCCCAGGAGCAGCAGACUGGGGACCUCCUGGCUCUGUCGGCUGCCGAGGCGGCGGCUGGCGCAAGUCCCUCGCCGCCGAGAGUCGCGGCUCGCGUCUCCACUGGCGGCCUGCCCGCAGGUCAACUCGCGCACUCCGAGCAGCUUCGACAGCAGAUGCGGGAGAAAGUGGAGCAACAAAUGCUGGAGCUUCAGCACGCGCAGCUGCGUCAGCAGUGGAUGGAGCGACAGCAGCAGAUGGUGGAGCACGCGCGCGCGGAACAGAAGCACGUCCAGCAGCAGGCGGAGCAAAACGCUCAGACGCUGCAGCACCAAGUCUUUGCGCAGCAGGCGGGCCCCGCACUCGUGCGGGUGGUCUCCGUUCAACCCGGCAGAACGCUGGCCAUGUCGGGUCCCAUGAACCCGCAAGUCGGUUUGGAGCGCGCCGGCGUGCAGCCCGCAGCGGAGCCCGUGCACACUCCGCACAUGGGGGAGAGUGCCCAGAGUCGUUCGGGCCACUCCAGUUUACGCCAGCUCAGUGGAGUCCACCAGGCGUCGCAGCGAGUCGUUCUGCGCCAAGCCGUGAGUGAACAGCAACUGCGGCGGCCGACGCUGUCGCCUGCACGGGCGGCAGUGCCGGAGCAGGAACAGCGGCGGGGAUACCCGCCUAGGAUGCCUCCGACAGAAGGCGAAGCGCGUUCGAGUGACACCGCGCAGGCGCCUUCUGACCAGGCGGCGGUUGCGGAGCUCCAGCGACGAGUGCAGAGCGUUCGCCAAACGAACAGCGUGCGAGCUUUCUACUCCAACAUCGACGUUCAGACGCCGGCCUGCGCCGCCGGCCAAGUGAAGGAGAUACACCUCGAUUGCCACGGUGGCACCGAUCCACUCCACCCUCUGCGGGCUCCGUCGACCAAGGGGGAGCCUUUGGCGGCGCUGGCGAGGCGAUAUCUUCACUCGCAGUGCCUGACUGCCUCCCGUUGCCAUCCGAUGGGUCGGCAGGAGCACGACGAGUUUGUUCGAGAGCUCUGGGUGGAGAAGUACCGCGUCCAGCAAGACGAGCUGCGGCGCAAUCUCGCUUUGUACCAGCAAGGCCGGCCAAACGGCUUGCUGGCUGCAGGAAUCAACCCGUCGUCCGCGGCCAACGCCCUCCGCGUGAGCGAGUCUGCCUUUCCGUCGCCUGCAGUCUCUCUCGUGUGUCCCAGCCCGUCGGCCGGCGCCCCCCUGAUGGCACGCAUCGGCUCCAAUGAAGCCCCGCGCCAUGUCGUGACUCCACAUGUGGGGAGAACGGGCGGACCGCCUCCGCUGCCUGUGGGCCUCUGCGCCGUGCCUGUGGGAGACAGAGUUGGAUGCGCAGCUGUGUCUCCAGCGAAUAUGUCCCGUUUCGUGCGGACGCGGCCUACGGUGGCGCAUCCGGCCGUGGCGGUCGGGAACCAUGUGGCUGUGUGA